AUGGAGCCCCUUAAGGCCAAACUUGCUAUCAGUCCAGUUCUCAACUGCCAUACUUUUGGUAAAGAUCCGACAGCCAACGCUGGUGCCCGUUCUGGAGGGGCACGCCUCGCAACCGCGAGAGCAUUUCGUCGGAACGCUCGUCGCUCGCAGUGGGAACACGUCUCACGUUUCCCUUCCGCCAUGUCGAACGGCCUGGCCGUGUUCAAUCCGCAUCGGGGACGAUGGAAUCCCUAUUCCUACCCACCAACCUCACCCUCGUCCCACCCCUCCUCGUUGCAAUCCGCCUUCUCCCGGGAAAGCAUCGAUCUUACUGAAGAAGCCGUGGAAGAGGUGAACCGGUUCCACCACUCGCUCCCAACAGGAACGACGAAUCGAAAUGCAGACAUUCGAACCGACCCCCGAGAAUCAAUUCAGAUAUAUUCGAGACCUCGUUUCCACCUCGCCUGCAUCCCCAUCUACCUUCUUACCAUCUCUCCCGACCUCCAUCUCGAUAUUACUGUCCAAAGGUCCAUCCCGCGAACUUGCGCCUACAACGCUCAAGAGACGUCCUCGGCUCAAUAUGGAUCACAAGUCUUGCAAAGUGGUUCCGCGGACGACUGCCAAUGUGGUCGGAAAACGAGUGGAGGGAUAUAG